CCCGUAUGAGUACUGUACGCAGCCCCUUGUGGCAUUGGGGUUUUGUGUUGGCGGAGGAGGCCAGUUCCGAUCCUAAAUUGUCUUUGUUGGCUCUAAUAUGUGCCAAGACGACCUCGGCUUGGCGUAUACUCUUCGAUUUCGAGUGCCCGGCACCAUACCUCAUUUUAAGUAUCGUGCUCGAGUGGUUGUUGCUGGAUAUGAGGCUGAAUUCGGGAUUUUGUUUCGCCCAAGUGUGGUCUACGAGGGUGCUGGGUGGUUCGUGAAACGCCAAAUUUCAGGCUCGCCACACUAAUGCCGAAGUCUGUCAAUUGUCAAGUUGUCUCACUCUCACUUCCGGCAUUGCGAACCGUGGUUGAGAUUCUGCAGGUUGUCCAGGUGUUCGGUAACCCCAUAAAAUACGUUACCCGUAAGUUACCCCCCAACCCCUCUCCAUCUCUCUCGAACCUCCCCCCGUCAACUCAACCAAUCCAAUCCCCCACCUCCAUUUCUUUCAUCAAAAAGAUACAAUUUGCAAUGCCAGACUUCACUAUCCAUGAUGUUCUCCCCCUCCCGCAGACUCCCAUAAAAAUUCCUCGAAUUGGUUUUGGUGUUUUUCAGGAUCCCCCAAACAAACCCGAAUGCGUUAAAAGCUGUCUCGCCGCCCUCGAAGCGGGUUACCGACACAUCGACACGGCACAAUACUACGAUAACGAAGAAGCGGUCGGUGAAGCCGUCCGUCAAAGCGGUUUGGAACGCAGCGAUGUCUUCGUUACCACCAAGAUUCAGAAACCGCAAGGGGGUGUUGAGGAAACUCUGGAGAGUUUGAGGGCAAGCGUUGACCGGAUUGGAUUGGGAUGGGUUGACCUGUUCUUAAUCCAUAUGCCUGUCAGUGGCCCUGAAGGCAGAAGGGAGAUGUGGAAGGCUUUGGAGAAACUGAAGGACGAAGGAAAGACAAAGAGUAUUGGAGUGAGCAAUUUGUGGGUCUGCUUCCCGUAACUCACCAGCCAGGAUACUAAUAAAACAAAUAGCGGAGUGAAGCAUCUGGAAGAGAUGAAAGGAUACUCGGGAACUAUUCCCGCCGUUAAUCAAAUCGAGCUUCACCCUUGGCUUCAGCAAAGCGAGAUUGUGGAUUACUGUUUCAAGGAAGGCAUUGUUGUCGAGGCAUACACCCCGCUUGUUCGUGCACUCAAGAACGAUGAACCGGAUCUUGUAUCCAUCGCAGAGGCGCAUUCAGUCACGCCGGCACAAGUGCUGGUUCGCUGGUCCCUCCAAAGAGGGUUUGUCCCGCUACCGAAGAGUUACAAUCCUGAAAGAAUCCGGUCCAACGCAGACGUGUACGAUUUCGAGCUUUCGGAUGAGGAGAUGGAGAAGUUGAACGGGAAAGCAUUGCCUGGUGGAGAAGGGGCAGUUUGUCCGUACGAUGUCAACUGCCCGUGAGCUGUUUAUGUGCCUUGAGCAGUUUGUGUCAGCAUGGUGGUAUGAUGCGGGCGCAAUUGGUCAUGUUGGCAGCUUAGGAUAGCAUACCGAAAUUAUUUCCUUGAAUAAUGUUUUAAAUCAGGUGAUAUCUCCCCGACAGAGUAAAUUGCAAUAGGAAAUGCCGACACCGCGAGUAGCGACCCGGGGGGGUGGGUCAGAAAACUUGUACGAGUACUGUAGACCACGCAAGUGGAGUCGCGUUUCCUGCCAAAAACGUCCGGUUGGUUCAGCACUGUUUCUUAUCUAAAAUCGGUAGGUUGUUCAGGGGGGUCUAAAGGGGUUGGUGAGACAAUCUAGAGAAGCAUUUGGGCAAUCAAAGCACGGGAACCUGUUCGGUAGUCACAAAAA